AUGUCUCAAACUGUCGCUACUACGGCCUUUCAGGACCAGAAACCGGGAACCUCUGGGCUCCGGAAGAAGGUGACUGUUUUCCAGCAACCAAAUUACACAGAAAACUUCAUCCAGGCCAUUUUGGAAGCAAUUCCAGAAGGUAGCCAGGACGCUACGUUGGUGGUAGGAGGCGAUGGUCGUUACUACAAUGACCAUGUGAUCCAGUUGAUUGUGGAAAUUGCCGCUGCGAAUGGCGUCAAGAAGUUGAUCAUUGGUCAAAAUGGUUUGCUCUCCACCCCAGCAACUUCUCAUGUCAUUAGAAUUAGAAAAGCCACCGGUGGUAUCAUUUUGACGGCCUCCCACAACCCAGGUGGACCUAAAAAUGACUUGGGUAUUAAGUACAACUUGGCAAACGGUGGCCCUGCCCCUGAAUCGGUCACCAACAAGAUUUACGACAUCUCCAAGACCCUCACUGAGUACAAGAAGGCAGAUGUGGGUAAAGUGGACCUUUCCAAGAUUGGAACCGUGACUGCGGGCCCAAUUGAGGUGGAGAUCAUUGAUACUACCGCUGACUACGUUGAUCUCAUGAAGGAGAUCUUUGAUUUCCCCCUCAUUAAGUCUUUCAUCGAGAAGGCCAAGGCCCAGGACUUCCUGGUGCUUUUUGAUGCCUUGAACGGUAUCACUGGUCCAUAUGGUUACAAGAUCUUUGUAGAGGAAUUGGGUUUACCUGAGUCUUCCAUCCAGAACUACGUUCCCAAGCCGGACUUUGGAGGCUUGCACCCAGACCCUAACUUGACUUACGCUAAAACUUUGGUGGACAAGGUGGACGCCAACAACAUUGCAUUUGGUGCUGCUUCCGAUGGAGAUGGAGACAGAAACAUGAUCUACGGAGCUGGAGCAUUCGUUUCUCCUGGUGAUUCCGUGGCCAUCAUUGCCGAAUACGCAGAUUCCAUUCCAUACUUUAAGAAACAGGGUGUUUAUGGAUUGGCCCGUUCCAUGCCAACUUCUGGCGCUUUGGACUUGGUUGCCAAGGACAAGAAGCUCAAUGUUUACGAGGUCCCAACCGGAUGGAAGUUCUUCUGCUCGCUUUUCGAUGCUAAGAAGUUGUCUAUCUGUGGUGAGGAGAGUUUCGGCACAGGAUCCAACCACAUCAGAGAGAAGGACGGUUUGUGGGCCAUUUGUGCCUGGUUGAACGUUUUAGCUGACUUCAACUUGCAGUUCCCUGACGAAAAGACUUCCAUCAAGAGCGUUCAGGAGAAGUUCUGGCAAAAGUACGGCAGAACCUUUUUCACCAGAUACGAUUACGAGGAGGUUUCUAGUGAGGGAGCCGGUGAGUUGAUUGACUUGCUUGCCUCUAUUGUUGAGAAGAGCAGUGCUGGCACCGAAUUGGCCCCAGGUUACGUUGUCACCGAGGCUGCCAACUUUUCUUACACUGACUUGGACGGCUCUGUUUCACCGAACCAGGGUUUGUUCAUCAAGUUCGAGUCGGGCUUGAGAUUCAUUGUCAGAUUGUCUGGUACUGGAUCUUCUGGAGCUACUGUUAGAUUGUACUUGGAGAAGCAUUCGAGCGACCCAUCUACCUACGGUUUGUCCGUGGACAAGUUUUUGGCUGACGAUGUCAAGUUUGUGUUGCACUUGUUGAAGUUCAAGCAACUAUUGAACAAGGAGGAGCCAGAUGUUCGUACCUAA